GGCGGUGGUGCGCGUGCGCAGUGUUGUGCUGAGGCUGUUGUGCAGUGCGCGGGGGGAGCGCGAGCCGUGUCCCCGAGACCGACGGACAGAGAGAGGCCGGACAUGGAGGUUACCUCAAAGCCGCCGGCGCUGGUGGGGGGCAGCGGGCCGCUGGCUGAGGCCCCGACACCGGCCCCGGCACAGGGCGGGACCCGCAAGCCGCCGAGGAAGGUCCUGGACGAGGAGGCCUACAUCUCAAAUUUGGAGAAGAUAAUCCAGAGAGACUUUUUUCCUGAUGUGGAGAAGCUACAGGCUCAAAAGGAAUAUUUGGAAGCCGAAGAGAGUGGUGACAUGGAGAAGAUGCGGGAAAUUGCCAUUAAAUAUGGCUCUUCACUGGGAAAGUCCACAUUGGGUACCCCUGUGCCAUAUAUCACACCGGCUACUUUUGAAACUCCAGAAGUUCUCCCGGGGUCUCCGGCUAUACAGAGCAAAGCUCGACAGGGUGGCAAGGCAGCAGCUGAAGGAGAAAAGAAUGGAUCAAAGGAAGAGCAGAAACUGCCCAAAUUAGACACAUUCUUAGCGAAAAAUACCAGUGAGGACAAUGCAUCCUUCAAUCAGAUCAUGGAUCUCGCUGAUGAAAAGAACAAGGUUAAACACGCUUGGUUGUAUGAAGCAGAGGAAGAGUCGAAACAGCAACGUGAUAAUAUCCUGGCAUUGCCGUCUGCAGAAAUGCAGGUGAAUGAGAAGAGCAAAGCAGGUGUGGAAACCUGGGUGUACAAAGCCAAAAAUGUUCUCAUGUACUAUCCAGAAGGAGUGAAGGAUGAUGAGCUCUUCAAGAAGCCUCAAGAGGUUGCCCACAAAAAUACUCGUUUUCAAGGUGACCCAUUCAGCAAAGCCUUGAGCAAGUCACAGCUGCAGCAAGCAGCAGCCCUCAAUGCACAGUUCAAACAAGGCAAAGUGGGACCUGAUGGCAAGGAAUUAAUCCCUCAGGAGUCGCCCAAAGUAAACGGGUAUGGAUUCAUGGGAACACCUUCACCUGCUCCAGGUGUGAGUGAGUCGCCUUUAAUGACAUGGGGCGAAAUAGAAAAUACUCCAUUUCGAAUUGAUGGAUCCGAAACUCCGCAUGUGGAACGAACGCCAGGCCCAGCUUUCAAGAUUCUGGAACCGGGCCGGAGAGAGAGACUUGGGCUGAAAAUGGUGAAUGAAGUUGCUGCCAAGAAUAGAACGAAGAAACAGGAAGCCUUACGCAAGGCGACUGAGAGUCUUGUAAGUCUUUCUCCACACGGAAUCAGCCCGGUUAUGUCACCAGCUUUGCAGCGAUUGGUUAACCGGACCAGUAGCAA